AUGGCUCCCGUUGGGUUUGCCGUCGGCAUUCAACGCCUGAUACCGUUCAUCGGUUAUCAUCACAUUCUUAUGAUCUUGAUCGCGAUAGCAAUCAUCUUACUUUCACUACUACUGGCUGGAUGCUCGUCGAGUUCACCACUGAUACCAGGCAUUUUCCUGAUCGACUUUUACUAUCAAACAUACACACCGACGUAUGACCCUGCCCAAGUGGACCCAGGAGUCACUGCUGCCAUUGCCAACAUCGUUGGACAGACACAGCUGGAAGUAAGAGUUGGUUACUUUGGUCUAUGCAUCGCCUCAACCGCAGGCAACUACCUGUGCUCCAACAAUGCCACCUUGUUGGCUGAGCAGAUCAGUAUCGAUGAAGAUCCCAUGAACUUGAUCUGGGUCGCCAAUACCUUCAAGAACUCGGUCGUCUUCCCGUGGUUGAUAAUCAUCGCCAUCAUCUUUGCCUUCCUCUGCUUCCUCCUCCUCGCAUCCUUUCCAGGUUGGCACGAAGAAAGAGACCGUUCCACCGGUUCUGAAGUCGAUGUCAAGCCCUUCCCGUCGCGGCCAGUCUCCCAAUCGGCACUUGCUCUCGUCUUUAUUGCCUCGGUCUUCGUCUUGGUGUCUGUACUGUGGCAACAUACAGCAUCAGUAGCAGCAGCACAAGUCGCCCAAGACAUGGGCAACGGGAGCAUAAAAAGUGGAGUGGGAACGUCAGCCAUGGUGCUAGGCUGGUUCAGCUUUGCACUGCUACUCAUCGUUACCAUCGGUCUGCUGGUCAUGAUCUUGAGUAUUCGUCUCCUUGACAGACUUACGGAUGAAUGAUCUUCAUGAGCAAUUCUUCCUCCCACAAGCCCACACCCCACCACAAAAGCAUGAUACGAAACCACAGAGGCUUUCGAUAGCUAUGCAUCACGAUCACGACCUUCGGGCAUACUACCCCAACUGCCGGAUACAGCAGCACACGCCCAACAACCUCCUUCCUCUACGCCCGCACCUCUUUUGUUUGCUUUCUCAUUCAGCAUCAACGAUACGAUUGAUAUCCCCCUUCUGCAUUGCCAGCGCGCAAGCAUUCUUCUGUUUCCUUUGCUCAUCAUUCAUGGGGGCCUUCCUUGUAAUUUGCAUCUCUUGCAUCUCAGGAGCAUAUUGGGAUCUGCGGAAAAAAAGGACAUUGUCCUCUUUUGAAUGUUUUUUUUUUGUUUUUCUUUUCUUUUCUUUGAGCGAAUUGAGAUGAGAUGGAUGAAGUUGAUCUGGACACACUCUGUACAUUGCGAGACCAGAGGAAUGAGACGGAUGAAGAUACCUAUAUAGA